AUGGCCGACAAGAAUGCACAACAGGCCGAGAGCUAUUACUUCACCCACGAGCCGCCUCCAAAGGACCUGAAGACCAACACCACGCUCGCUCGUGAGUUCAUUACGCGUCAUGCUGACGAGGGCCGGCGCGUUGUGCUUGUAACCUCGGGCGGCACCACUGUACCCUUGGAAACCCAGACAGUCCGCUACAUUGAUAACUUUUCCGCUGGCACGCGUGGAGCUACAAGCGCCGAGUAUUUCCUCGAGAAUGGCUAUGCAGUCAUUUUUUUGCACCGCCAGUUUUCGCUUCUGCCGUUUUCGCGGCACUAUUCGCACAACACACGUUCUUUUCUUGAUUACAUGAAGGAAGAGAAUGGCCAGGUUGUUGUCGACGAGCAGCACCAAGAUAUGAUGUUGCGCGUGUUGCGUCAGUACACCAAUGUCAAGCGCGAGAACAGGCUUUUGAUUCUGUCCUACGUUACCAUCACCGAAUACCUGUGGAAUCUGCGUGAGGUUGCCCAGCUCAUGCGCCCUCUGGGGCCAAAAGCCAUGUUCUACCUUGCUGCUGCCGUUUCCGACUUCUUCGUACCUCAGGAUCGCAUGGUCGAACACAAGAUUCAGUCCAACGAGGAGUUCUUGCAGUCUGGGCACAAUCCAGAUGGAGAUGUCAAUGCGAAGCAACCAGCCGCGCGGACAGAAGGCAGGAGUCUGAUCAUCGACCUCGAGCCCGUGCCUAAAUUUCUUAAGCAGUUGGUGGACGGUUGGGCCCCAGAAGCCAUGAUCGUCAGCUUCAAGUUAGAGACUGAUCCCUCCUUACUGGUCAAAAAGGCCGAGUAUGCGUUGAACAAAUAUUCGCAUCACCUCGUUAUCGGUAAUUUGCUAUUAACUCGAAAGUGGGAGGUAGUGUUCGUAUCUGCACUUGAGGGCGAGAAGUGGAUACGAGUCCCGCGCACUCGUAGAACGAAGAGCUUCUCCGGCCUGCCUUCGCUCGUGGGCGCCGCUGAUGCAGCACGCAAAGAUGAAAUAGAAGCCGAUGAAUCCAUUGCUACAGAGCAAGGUGUACCACAGGGCGAGCCGGCGGUAGAGAUUGAGUCCCUGAUCAUCCCAGAAAUCGAAUCGAUGCAUACCAAACUCAUUGGCAUAGCUCAAGCGAGAGCAGGGAGUUCGUAA